GCUGUCCAGCGUGCGGACUGCGCGCCAGCAGCAGCCAGGUCGUGUGCGGGCGGCAUGGCGCGCUCGUGACGUCAUGGGGCGGGGCCGGCGCCUGCUGCGCUUCCGCGACAUGCCGGCGCACCUGCGCUUCAACCCGCACAUCCGCGCCGGCUACCGGCCGCUGCAGGGCGUGCGCGGCUGCCUCGCCAGCCUCUUCUACCUGCACAACGAGACCAUCAACAUCCUCACGCACGGUGCACCAAUCCUGUACAUUAUCGUGUCAUGGCCAGAUCUUAUCCCAUGGAAUGAAGUGGACUCAUACUUUUUAUCUUGGUGUCACCUUUUGGGAGCUGGCUGCCCAUGGAUUGGCAGCUUUAUUUAUCAUCUGUUCAUGAACCUGGAACAUGGGGAGAAAAUAUAUUACCGGCUACUACAACUUGAUAUGCUUGGUAUCUGGAUUAGCCAGAGCAUUGGUGCCCUUCCAGCUAUUUCUGCAUCCACAUAUUGUUUGCCACGACUCUGUCGAUAUGUCAUAGUUUGUUUCUACUGUGUUCUUUCCAUAUGGGGCCUCUACAAGGCACUUACUGCUUGGUCUCCAUGGGAACGAAGGCUCUGUUUUCUGCUCCCCUUUGUGAUGCGCCAGUUUCUGUGCCUGUUACGAAUGUCACCUAUAGGGGGAGGAGAUCCAGCAACAUUGAUACAUGUUAUACUACAGGACUUAGUUUCUGCAAUUGGAGGGAUUAUUGGUGCCCUGCAAAUACCAGAAAAGUGGUUUCCUGGAGCUGUUGAUAUGUGCCUGAAUUCUCACAACAUUAUGCACAUUCUUGUGCUCACAGCAGUGUAUUCAAUGCACAAGUCAAGUAUCAGUGACCUCAUGUGGAUGGCAAAAGGAGGAUGCCAAAGGAACAGCAUGGAUACUGAUAUUCAGACUUCUUCUGACCUGCCUGUCACUGAUGCAGGUGCAGCUGCAGGAUGAAUUAUGAGCAAUUACUGAUACUACUCCAAAGAUGGCAUACAAUGUGGUAACACCAGAUGUAAAAUUUUACAGGGAAGCCUAAUAAACAUAAGUACCUGAUGUUCCACAUAUGGACAAAAGCACCAGGAAAUUUGUAAUAAAUGGUGGUUAAUGAAGUAAUCAUCGUAACAGAAAUAUGCUAAGUGAUGAAAUCGGCAUAGCUGAAAUAUUUUCUGCAGUUUCCCAAAACAGCCUUAAUUAAAAUAUAUAACAAAUAUUUAUUUUUAUACACCUUUGCUAUCAUUGCUACUGAAGUUUUAUUGUUUGGUAAUCUGCUGUAUCUUAAUUUCUGGAUGUCAUUAUGCCUCUUUGUAAUUACAGCAGUGAUCUCUCCCUAAGCUGGAUGUUGAACUGCAGCCAUCUGAGCAGGCUGGUGUAACACUGUUAUACUUAGUUUUGUGGCUAACUACAAGGCAGCCACCAAGUGUUACAAAAUGUAAGAGAAAAUUCUUUCCAAUUUUGCACUCACAUGAACCGAGUAAAGCAGAUGUUUCAGAUUCCUGGAGAAGAACAAAAUUAACUGUUUCAAAACUAGUGCAAAAAUCUACAUCUACAUCUACAUCUACAUCCAUACUCCGCACCACCUGACGGUGUGUGGCGGAGUGAUGGUAGUUCUGCUGUAUCAUUUCAAAAGUAUAUGGUAAUCUAUAGAUUGUCAAGCUAAUUAAAAAAUUCCCUCUAUUUCACUUAUGCUAUACUCAUAUAUCAUCAUAUAAAACAAUCACACGAGAUGCAAUAGAAAUCAAAGCAUUUGGUGCUGUAUGAGCCAAUCUUUUAAAUAUCUGUAAUUCAUAAAAUCAUGGGUCAUAAGCAAUGUAGACACCUCUUGAACAAAGUUGGCAUUCUUUGCUGAGAUACGCCAACACUGAUUAUAAAAAUUGCUAAGAACACAGUAGGUACCCGUUAGGUAUAAAGUGAUAUUAAAAUAUGCAUCGCAGCUACUGCUCAGUCUAAAGUGAAAUAUAUUUUUACUUAACUUGGCACCUGAAGUGAUCCUUUACCCCCAAUCAUUUAUGUUGUUACAUACUACAAGUGUGACAACUUAUUUUGCACAACAGGAUAUUAAAUUUUGACAUUUUGGCAAGAGUACCUGUGAUUUAAUUUAGCAACAAAGCUACAUGUACUCACUUAGAUAAUGAGUUUUGGGAAUAGUGUUGAAAGCACUUGUUAAUUUCUUGCAGAUUAUGCACAGUAAAGAUAAAAUGGUCAUGAAAUAUGUUUGAAGCACUAAAUUUUGUGCUAUCAUUUGCAGCAACAAAACCAACAAGAGAGUAUUAAACUUGUAGCUAAUGUGAAUAAAGGAAUUAUUCUAGUUAUAUAGCCAUCUUCUAAUGAAGUAUUGUGAUCUUGUACUGAUCUAAUAAGUACCUGUUAGAGUUCUAGACAUAAGGCUUGUAACCAGAAAUAAGUAAAUAAUCCUUAAUGACCUACAGCCUGAUUAAAAAAUUUCCGCCCAACUACAGCAUAGUGGGCAUUGCAGAUGACAUGAAUUUUCAAGCGCAUGUAAGUUAUAUGCUGCGGGACUAAUAAUCUUCAUCCAGAUAGCUUAGGGAUCACUGAAUUGCAGACACUGUUAAUUCAGAAACUGCUUAGCUCUCACAAAAAAUAUGUACUGAGAUUUUAGAAUCUCUCUAAGAUUACACUAAUUUUGUGUAAACUAACUUAGUUUUAAUAAUUCUCCCGUACUUUAUUAGUGAUAUAUAACUGUCUUCUCCACUUAAGUCUCACUUUUUCACCAGCCUUCUUUCAGUGCCCACCGCUUCUCUCCAAAAAUGAAAACAAGAAACAUCUUUUAACAUUUACAAAAGAUGUGCCAUAUUUUCUUAAAACUUAGCUCACAUAUGUAGAAAGAUAACUUCUGUGAAGUAAACUGUAACAAAUACUAUAUGGUCUAAAGUGUAUUGUGUGCAUGGGCGUCCACAGAAAUUUGUGCAAGAGGGGGCAAGAUGGCCAUUGUUUUAUAUCAGAAAACUUGAGAAACUCCUGCUGACUAUUAGCAAAAAUAACCAAAAACUGCCUUGUUUAUUCAAUUUAGGAACCUUUGUUUGCUUACAAAACUUCACAUCUGGCCAUGUUAAUGGAUUAACUGCAUUACUAUCAUACCUUUCAUUUUUUGAAGUUGACUGAUGUAAUAAACGUCUAAUGAAACAUGUUUUAAAAGCUGUGGGUUUGAAUGAGGUGUAACCCAGUUCCAGCAUUCGAUGAAGUGAAUGUAGGAAACCUCCCAAAACAGUCACAAAUUUCCCAGUACAGUCUACUUUAAGCAGCUUAGGACUGAACCAAGAUAAACUUUGUCCCCUAGCUUGAUGCAGUGUUGUGCUACUUCACAACUGGACUUCUGAAUUUGUAGCACUAUGACUACCUGUUGUGCUGUGUUCCAACACUACGGAGGUUGAGAAGGUCCCACUUCUUAAAGUGAAGAUCUUGUUGAUCUUGACUUUCCUCAAUGUUUCCCCUCUUAUGCUGCAGAAAAUUGUAUUUUCUCCUUCCAAAUGGUGCAUUUCAGUCCACAGACGAGUUAAAGAUAAACACAGCAACAGACAACAAGGCCGUAACGUUGAGUGUCUACUACAGUCUCUCUGUGAGUGUGUGACUGAAUGUGGUAUCAGCAUCUAAUGACAGGUCUUUCUUGACCACAGUCAAAUGAUAAACUACUGUUGUCUUUAAGAUGGGCAGUAGGAGAAGGGGUCAGCUUUGUGGUAAUUGGGUAUGAAUGUUGUGCAUGUACAUUGCAGCUGUGUUAAUUUUAUGCUAGGUAUAGGCACCGAAAUUAGUGUACCAGCAUAUUGGAAUGAUAUAUUUCUGGAGACCAAUAAUGGCUAUAUGUUGGAAGGGACAGGACAUCUUGGGGACUUCUUAGGCAAUGUUCUGUAAAACUUCACAUUCACUUGAAUGUAGGACAAUGCUGAAACCACCAAUGUGCCAAAGAAUCAGCAUGGUUUCCCAUGAACAGCCUGUGUGAGAAUUCUGUACUCCCGAUCCCAGGAGGGGAUGAGUGAUCCCUUUUGCCUACCAUUCUGGACGCCUACUAUAGUGUGACAGCUAUUGUUGAAAAAUUUCUUAAGUAGAUUUUAAAAUGGGGUCAAACACUGUUACAUAAUAUAGUGUAACCUACAAAUGCAACCACUGCUACUGAAUAUAACUUUGAAUAAGUUUCAUAUUAUCUUGUUUCUAAAUGAAUGCACCUGACAGAUGUGCACAGUCUUCCACUUUACUUGCAGUUGCCUUCACCUGAACAUGGGAAAAUCAAACACAUUUCAUUUCAAAAUGUGAUUUACAGUGAAGUGUCAAAUAGAGUAAAAUGAGAAUUCAAGCUUUUGUAAGAUAUCUUUAGUUAGCUUAGCAAAAAACUAAAGUGUUCUUGAUUUUCACUUAAUUUUUUUCCAGUGACUUGUGGAUCAUGGGUGUGUCUUUCUGUUACAUCAAACUUACUGUUGUACUAUCAGGAUAAAACACAGCAUGUAGGCCUAUAUGACAGUAAAUAUGAUUUUUCCUUCGUAAGAGACUUUUUAAAAUGAAUUUUAUCUGGCACCUAUGAGUAUUUAUUAUAUUUAAAUAAGCAAAUGAUAUAUGUCUAUAUAAAAAAUUAAGUAAUAUACCAAAUGUGAACACCUGUAUUUUAAGAAAGUGUAUAAGAAAGAAACAAUGUUAUCAAUUUUGAGAGAUAUACCCAGGAAUUACUUGCCUGGUGAAUUGCUGCAUUUUUAUUAUUACAACAGUUUAUGCUGAACAGUUCACAAUACAUUUUAAUAAAAUUCCUCACUGUAAUUAUUUUGUCUUUUUACAAAUAUGGAAGAGUAUUGUAAUAAGUGAUUUUAUACACGACAAGAGAAAAACCAAUAAAAAGUCAAACAGA